UCUCUUUUUUUCUACAUAGCUGUCCAUCGCUAACAUCUAAAACUCCACAAUGGGAAAGGAAAAGAUUCACAUCAACAUCGUCGUCAUUGGACACGUAGAUUCUGGCAAGUCCACCACAACUGGACAUCUCAUCUACAAAUGUGGCGGUAUCGACAAGCGUACCAUCGAAAAAUUCGAGAAGGAAGCCGCUGAGAUGGGAAAGGGCUCCUUCAAAUACGCUUGGGUCUUGGACAAACUGAAGGCUGAACGUGAACGUGGUAUCACAAUCGACAUCUCCCUGUGGAAAUUUGAGACCAGCAGAUACUAUGUCACAAUUAUUGAUGCCCCUGGUCACAGAGACUUCAUCAAGAACAUGAUCACUGGUACUUCUCAGGCUGACUGCGCUGUGCUUAUUGUUGCUGCUGGUGUUGGUGAGUUUGAAGCUGGUAUCUCAAAGAAUGGACAAACUCGUGAGCAUGCUCUUCUGGCCUACACUCUGGGUGUGAAGCAGCUUAUUGUUGGAGUUAACAAAAUGGAUUCCACUGAGCCACCAUACAGCCAGAAGAGAUACAAGGAAAUUGUAAAGGAAGUCAGCACCUACAUCAAGAAAAUUGGUUACAACCCAGACACCGUUGCCUUUGUGCCCAUCUCUGGUUGGAAUGGUGACAACAUGCUUGAACCCAGUGUCAACAUGCCAUGGUUCAAGGGAUGGGCCAUCACCCGCAAAGAGGGAAAAGGCAGUGGAACCACUCUGCUUGAAGCUCUUGACAGCAUUCUGCCACCCAGCCGCCCUACCGACAAGCCUCUUCGUCUGCCUCUGCAGGAUGUCUACAAGAUUGGUGGUAUUGGUACAGUACCAGUCGGUCGUGUUGAAACUGGUAUCCUCAAGCCAGGUAUGGUGGUUACCUUUGCUCCAGUCAAUGUAACAACUGAAGUUAAGUCUGUGGAAAUGCACCAUGAAGCUUUGACUGAGGCUAUGCCCGGUGACAACGUUGGUUUCAACGUAAAGAACGUUUCCGUGAAGGAUAUCCGUCGUGGUAACGUUGCUGGUGACGGCAAGAACGACCCACCAUUGAAAGCUGGCGGAUUCACUGCACAGGUCAUUAUCCUGAACCACCCAGGACAGAUCAGUGCAGGAUAUGCACCUGUGCUGGAUUGCCACACUGCUCACAUUGCCUGCAAGUUUGCUGAGCUCAAGGAGAAGAUCGACCAUCGUUCUGGUAAGAAACUGGAAGAAAACCCCAAGUCUCUGAAGUCUGGUGAUGCUGCCAUCGUUGAAAUGGUCCCUGGCAAGCCCAUGUGUGUGGAGAGCUUCUCUGACUAUCCUCCUCUUGGUCGCUUCGCUGUGCGUGACAUGAGACAGACUGUUGCCGUUGGUGUCAUCAAGGCCGUUGAAAAGAAGGCAGCCGGUACUGGCAAAGUUACAAAGUCUGCCCAGAAGGCCCAGAAAACCAAAUGAAUUCAAUCCAGCACCACCUCAGUCUUAACCAGCUGUGGAAGAUCGGUCUCAGAACUGUUUGUCUCAAUUGGCCAUUUAAGUUUAAUAGUAAAAGACUGGUUAAUGAUAACAAUGCAUCGUAAAAGCUUCAGAAGGAAAGGAAUAUUUUGUGGACCAUUGUUUGUGGCAGUUUUAAGUUAUUAGUGUUUUAAAUCAGUAAUUUUUAAGUGGGAACAACUUGACCAAAAACCUGUCACCAAAUUUUGAGACCAUUAAACAAAGUUAAUGA